AUGGGCAAUCUAGGUGACUUGUCGCCGGAGGGAAGUGUUGCGGUUGGCGUACUCGUUGGACUGAUCUCAACCAGCCUGCAAGCUAUCGGGCUCACCCUCCAGCGCAAGUCGCAUUUGCUCGAGGAUGAGAAGCACCCCUACGAUGUGCGCAGACCCCCCUACAAGCGCCGACGAUGGCAAGUAGGAAUGGGAAUGUUUGUAAUUUCCAAUAUUGUUGGAAGUACCAUUCAAAUUACCACACUUCCUCUCCCAGUUCUCUCGACGCUCCAAGCGUCCGGACUAGUAUUCAAUACUAUAUUUGCGACCCUCAUCCUCGGUGAACCCUUUACUCGAUAUUCUCUGGCAGGGACCGUUCUCGUCUGCAUCGGCGCAUUGUUGAUUGGGACCUUUGGCGCCAUUGGGGAACCCGCACAUACCUUGGAUCAACUCCUGUACCUCCUCCAGCGACGGCCAUUUCUUCUGUGGAUGGUGCCAUCCUCGCGCGCGAAGCCCUCAGCCUCCGGUCAUUUUUCGCCACACCUGCUACGGCUACAAAGCCGAAUGAAGUUGAUCCAUGGCAUGAGUUAUGGGUUUGUCAGUGGCAUACUGUCAGCUCACUCCCUUUUGCUGGCAAAGUCGGCAGUGGAGCUUCUCGUGCGCACAGUGGUAGAUGGUGUGAACCAGUUCAAUCGUUGGCAAUCAUGGGUUAUUCUGCUGGGAAUGAUAUUCCUAGCGCUCACGCAGCUGUUCUAUCUCCAUCGUGGGCUAAAGCUGUGCAGUACUAGUGUACUAUAUCCUUUUGUGUUCUGCAUCUACAACAUAAUCGCCAUCCUGGAUGGCCUGAUAUACUUCCGGCAAGCAUCUCAACUGGCAGGCUUGCAUGCCGGUCUCAUCGCCCUGGGAACAGUGAUCCUCCUUGGUGGUGUAUUGUGUCUAUCAUGGCGACUUGAGGAUAUCGAUAACCAUGCCGCUGUCACUACUGUGGGUCCGACACAGACCGGGCUUGGGCCGGGUAUGGGACUUGUGGAAGAACAGUCUCCUCCAUCACUUGGAUUGCUGGACGGCCAGGAUGAGGAAUCACACAUUGGGGAAUGCGAGCCACUUCUCAACCCAAAGACCCAUACUCGACAUCUUUCAUAUCAGCGAGGAAGAGCUCCAAGCUUACCACUCAAUUUCAAUUAUGAUCGCGACUCGGUCGAUCUAAACCCCGCAUCUAUUUGGGCUGAACUCGAUGAUUCGGACUAUGAAUCCACUCAUGGACACACACGGUCCUCGGCAGAUCGCCGACGCAGCGUCAGUGGCAGCGUAACUUUAAACACCCCAUUACGGGGUCUAACACGAAACUCGACGAUCGGCGCUACCCCACACGAUCGUGAGAGAGGAUCUCGCGGAGCCCAGGGCUCACUGCGUAGCAACCAAUGGCGGCGCACUUCAGCACCUCAGGGUGGGUUAUCGGCCCAUCGUAAACGUCGGGGGACCGGUGGUCUAUUUGCGUCGGCUGACCAAGAGGCCAGUGGGUACGGAACCAUCCAAGAGGAUAGCGACGAUACCUACUGUCCCGAAGACGACCCUAUUCUUCGCUCACCUGGUGCCAGGUCUGGUCUUCUUGGUGGCUCAAAGAGGGCUCUGACAGGUGCAUGGAAAUUCGGGAGACGAUAUCUAUCUCGAUGGAGCAGCCCGCAGGCGGGCAGUCAGGUUGAGAUCGAUCCAGAAGAUGACUCUUCCUCCUCCCUACUCCCGCGCUCUGCCGUCCCUCUUCCACGAACCCGUUAUACGCAGGGAACCCCGGUUCCUGAAUCCGACACCCUUCAGCCAUUAUCAUCCCCUUGA